AUGAAAAAAAAUCAAAUAUUUUCUAAAAGUAUAAACAUCAUAAGAGAUCGUUAAUAAGAGUAUAAACCUUCCUAACAUUCAGCAUCAAAGUCGAAAUAAGAAUCAGAUGAAGAGAAUGGAAAAAUGUACUCGUCCUAAAUAAUGAAGAAGGAUAUAAGAAAAUAGGUAAUUAAAAUUCAGAAUCAUGGUCAUCAACAGUAUUAAGCCAAUGUUUAAGUACAUCAAUAAUAACCAAAAAAGAAUGGUAUUCUGAAUAUUAGCAGAAAAGGUAUGUUGAUAUCCAUCAUUAUAUUUUAGAUUAAUAAUAACAACAUUAAUAACAACCAAAAUCAACAGGAUCAUUUCCUAUAUUUAUUAGGAAUAUUAGAGAAGGAUCUAAUUAGAAUGAAUUAAAAUAAUUAAUAAAUGAUGAUUCUAAUAUAUUAGGAAUAUAAGUAAGAAAUUUUAGUAAUAUAGAUUAAUAAUAAAUAAGCCACCAUUACAUUUUCGAAUUAAUAAUCUGCUGAUCAAGCAAUUGGUAUAUUUUAUUAAAUUUAAUUUAUUUAGAACUUAUUAACAAUUACAAAGAGAAAGGCUAUCAAAUGAGUGCUGUUCCAAAUUAUUAAUAAUCCAGUAAAGUCAUUGUACUAGGAUAAUUUUAAUCAGGAAGAGGAUCCAAAGAUGAUGGAAGACUUAGAAUGGAUGUUAAAGAAUCAAUCUUUGAUAGAAUAUAAACCAAAUAAUAGUGAG